GGCUCAAGUCUCCACUGAUUCUUUGACAAUAUGGACUACAAAGCUGAUGAGAAGGUCGCUGUUGACCAUGGUGAUGAGAUUCAUGACGCUCAUGUCGCGGUUCAGCUUGCGCAUGAUGUUGAGAAUCAGAAGCUGUCGCCAUGGACGCCUCGUAUGUUCAGGUUGUACUUCAUCCUGGCUUGCGCAUACCUCUGCGGUUGCUUGAACGGAUAUGACGGUAGUCUUCUCGGUGGUAUCAACGGUAUGAAGGCAUACCAACGCUACUUCAACAUGUCUUCUGAGGGCUCUACGACCGGUAUCAUCUUUGCGAUGUACAACAUCGGUUCCAUUGCCGCCGUGUUCUUCACCGCUCCCGUAAACGAUUUCUUCGGCCGAAGAUGGGGCAUGUUCACCGGCGCCAUCAUAGUCAUCAUCGGAACAUGUGUCCAAGCUACAUCCACCGGACGAGGUCAAUUCCUCGGCGGUCGCUUCAUCCUCGGCUUCGGUGUCAGCUUCUGCUGUGUCUCCGCCCCUUGCUACGUUAGCGAGAUGGCGCAUCCCAACUGGCGAGGCACCAUUACUGGUCUGUACAACUGUACCUGGUACAUCGGUAGCAUCAUCGCUAGUUGGGUCGUCUACGGCUGCAGUUACGUCGAUGGUGACAUUGCCUGGAGAAUUCCCAUUUGGUGCCAGAUGAUUACCUCUGGUAUCGUUGCGCUUGGCGUUCUGUGGCUGCCUGAGUCUCCACGAUGGCUCAUCGCUCAGGACAGAGUUGAGGAUGCUGUCCAAGUUCUUGCCACGUACCAUGGUGAGGGUGAUGAGAACCAUCCGAUGGUUGUGUUGCAGAUCAAGGAGAUGUCGAACCAAAUUGCUGCUGAUGCUACUGAUAAGUCUUGGUGGGAUUAUCGUGGGCUCUGGAACACCCAUAGUGCGCGACGCCGACUUAUUGGUGUCUUGGGAAUGGCUGUCUUUGGCCAAGUCAGUGGAAACAGUUUGAGCUCUUAUUAUCUCCCCGUCAUGCUGAAGCAAGCCGGCAUCACCAACGAAAAGAAGGUCUUGGCUCUGAACGGCAUCAACCCUGUGCUCUGCUUCUUCGGUGCUAUUCUCGGAGCGCGUCUCACUGAUGUUAUCGGUCGCCGACCUCUUCUGAUCUACUCAAUCAUCUUCUGCUCAUGCUGUUUCGCCGUCAUUACCGGCACCAGCAAGCUCUCCCUCGACCAACCCGACAACGCCUCCGCUGCCAACGCCACUGUUGCCAUGAUCUUCAUCUUCGGUAUCGUCUUCUCUUUCGGUUGGACUCCUCUACAGUCAGCAUACAUCGCUGAAUGCUUGUCCACCGACAUUCGAGCCAAGGGUACUGCCGUCGGUAACCUUGCUAGUUCAAUCGCCUCGACCAUUAUCCAGUACAGCAGUGGUCCCGCUUUCCAGGACAUCGGUUACUACUUCUACCUAGUGUUUGUCUUUUGGGAUCUGUUUGAAGCUGUAUUUAUCUACUUCUUCUUCCCCGAGACGAAGGAUCGUACUCUUGAGGAAUUGUCCGAGGUGUUUGAGGCACCCAACCCUGUGAAGAAGAGUCUUCAGAAGAGGGAUGCUCAGACUGUUAUGAACACUCUGAAUGUGACGGGAGAUGCGAAGCUUGCGGGAGAGCUCCAAAGCAGUGACCAACCAGAAAGAUGUCCCGACUUCAGUGUUUCAGACCCUCAAUUGAUCAAGGAAGUGACCAAUCGGUCAAGUGCGACGCUUGUCGUACCCGCAAGACAAGGUUGGGUGAUCUACCAGAAACUUGACAGCUUGGCUGAUAGCGAUAGAUGCGAUGGAAACAAUCCUUGCGCAACAUGUGCGUCGAUCGGCCAUGAUUGCACCUAUGGGUCUGAAGCCAACUCGAGGAGCAAGAACGAUCUGAUCCUAGAAAGUGUUCUGCGGGUCGAGAAAACCCUACAUGAGUUAAGAUCUGCCAUCCCGGCCGGUGUUCAACUUGCCAACUCACCCCAAACAAAUCGCACCAACUCGUUCUCGGGUUCCUCGCCAGAUCUGAAUCUCCGUCGGCAGAGUCAUGCGAUUCAAACACCGACCAGUCAAGACCAACGUGAGAAUGUCAACAACUUUGAGAAUGCGGUCUUGGACUCUAUGCAUACUUCGACAACUGAGUCGAUACUCCAAUGGCCUCACUUUGAUGUCUUUCCACUGCUUCGACAUGAUGGAGACUCGAUCUUCUAUCUUGAACAGGCACGACCACCGCUAGCAGUUGCAUCAAACCCCAUGUAUCCAUACGUUGACGCGGAAGACAUAACCUCGAUGUUGGAGGCGUUCGAACGAAACAUCAACUUCUGGUACCCUUCUAUGUCACAAGAACAACUGGGCAAUUUACGUGCGACACUUCAAACCGGAAUGCCUUCAGAGGAUACAGUUCACUCUUGUCUUUGUUUACUCACCUUGGCUUUAGGAUGUGCAAGUCAAGCUGCCGAAGACCUUCGUUUUACAGCUGAGCCCGAUGCAGCAGAGAAAGACAGAAGACUUCGGAAGCGGAAGCUGGGUGACAUCUAUUUUCAACUGGCUCUAAAGAAGCUCCACGUUGCCCAUCUGCAAGUUGACUCUGAAAGCACCCAGUGCCUCUUCUUCACAGCUCUUUACUUCGCCUCUUUGGUCCGGCCACUUCAGGCUUGGGAGUAUCUCAGUGCUACAGCGACGAGAUGCAUGUUGCUUCUUUCCUAUCCUCCCAACACGCAUGACGACGAGGCUGAAGAACGCAUCAGAAGGAUAUUCUGGUCAUGCUACAUUCUAGAAAGUGACUAUAUGGCUGAGCUCUCAGCAUGUCCUCCGUCAGGAAUCGCUCGCGUCGAGUCUUCUAUCCCACUACCAAGCACAUAUCACACGCACCCGUCCGAAAUUGUAGAAGAGGAAUCAUCUCUCUACUUCUUGGCCUGUAUCAGUAUGCGACGCCUCCUCAACAGAGUCCAUCAACUACUCUACGCAAAGGACACGGGCGCCGCAUUCGACCACACUCGCUUUCCACGCAUCGUUGCCGAACUACAGCGACAGCUCGAUGACUGGCGUGAAGUAUUACCAGCCUCAUUCUCUUUCAGCAUAGAUACGGAAGAGGCAGCAACAGCGGCUGGUGGAUUCCUUCGACAACGAUAUCUGACCUGCAAGGGCGUGAUUUACCGACCCUAUCUGAUGUGGAUGCUAAGCAGUAGCUACGCUGAGACGAGGGUGCCUCCAAUACCAGAUGCUAUGCAAAAUUGCAAGCUAUGCCUGGACGCUUGCUUGCUGCAUGCCUUAGACCUAAGAGGAUUCCCGCAAACAGUUCUGAUUGACACGUGGAUAUGCUCACUUUCAAUGUCUGGAGCCAUGCUGAUCAUCCUCGCUGCAUCACACGUACCGGCUCUCAAAGAGUUCAUUGGCUCACGAGCCACACUUGUAGGAAGCCAUCUUGAGAAGUUGUUCCGAAACUGGCGUGAGGUCUCAUUCGGAGGAGACUCGCCAAGUGUUGACCGAAGUAUGUGGCUUAUACAACAAGCAGAUAGUUAUAUAAGGGACUGCUAUUGAAGGCGCUCAUAGUAUUGGCUGUUACAUAAAUAAUAAUCAGGAUUAUAAGAAGGGUUAAAACUGGUUAGCGGCCCUGGCUAUGUCUCCAGCCGACUGCCACCGAGAAUCGGAGCAUGGUUCACGGAUCGACUCAAGU